GAUUAUUCGCGCAUGGUGUAGAAGGUCGGGUUGUUUUGAUCAUAUUAUUUAAUCUUGGAACUGCGCAUCGUAUGAUAUCAUAGAUCAAAAUGUCUUAUCCAAAGCAACAGCAAGAAUUUUGCCUGAGAUGGAACAACCAUCAAGUAAAUCUCCUCAAUGUAUUCAAAGAAAUACUAGAUAAUUGUUCAUUUUCUGAUGUAACAUUAGUGACUGAAGAUGGACCAACAUUUAUAAGAUGUCACAAAGUUGUACUAGCAUCAUGCUCUGAUUAUUUUGCAUCAUUAUUUAUUCAUCUUCCAUCACAUGAAAGUCAUCCAUUUAUUGUAUUAAAAGAUAUACAACAUAAAGAAAUGAAAGCUCUUGUUGAAUAUAUGUAUCAAGGUGAAGUUUAUGUUGCACAAGAUCAAUUGCCAUUAUUAUUACGUAUUGCUGAAAUAUUGCAAAUUAAAGGUUUAACUGAUGAAUCAAAAUUAAAAAAAAAUAAUAAUAAACAACAGCAACAACAACAGCAACAACAACAACAACCACAACAACAACAACAAUCUCCACGUUCACCAAGAUCACCAAGAUCAUCACGAUCAACAAGAUCACCACCACCAUCAAUAAGCACAAGUACAAAUAUAAGUGGAUAUCAAAAUUCAAGUAUACCAAAUGGUUAUACAUCACCACCAUUAUGUACAAGCUCAUCAUAUUAUCCAUUUAAUUCAAGUAAUAGAUCACCACGUUUACCAAGAAAUUUAUCACCAAGAACCAUUGAAAAUUCAUUAAUGUACAAUAAUUUAUUAAUACUACCAUCAGAUUUACUUCAACAACAUCAUCAAUUACAACAGCAACAACAACAGCUAGCUGAACAACAUGCAUUAGCUCAAUCUAUUGCAGCAAGAAGUACACCAAUAUUUCCAGGAUAUGAAAAUAGUGAAAAUAAAAUGAGAAAACAAAUGAGUUUAUUGGGUAUGAAUAGAGAUACACCAAUAUUACGUACUGUAUUAGGACAAGGACAUGCUGAUAGUUCACAAAGUAGUGGUAUAAUACAUGCUGAUAAUAAUGAUACAUCAUAUCGUAGUCCAAGUAAUGGAUCAGCAAACGAUACUCAUGAUGAUAUUAGAAGUAGUACUGAACAUUCACAUACCUAUAAUAAUACAAGUCCACAAACAAGUGAUCACAGUUUAUUAGAAGAAGAUGAUAAAAAACCAAUUAAUUUACCUGGACCAAAUCCAAAAAAAGGUGGAAAACAAGAAUGGAAACGUUAUAAACAAUAUUCACGUAAAAAUAUAUCAGAUGCUAUUGAAGCUGUACGUAGUGGUAUGAGUGCAUUAAAAGCAGCAACAUUAUUUCAUGUACCAUCACGUACACUUUAUGAUAAAGUUAAAAAACUUGGUAUAUCAACACCUCGUCCAUUUCGUCGUAAUGGAAAUUUAAAUAAUAGCAUUGGUAAUAAUAGUAGCAGUGCAUGUUUUCCAUAUGGUAUGGGUGGUAAUGCAAAUGGAAGUAUUUAUGCAUCAAUGAAUAGUGGUAAUGAUUCAACAACAAAUAUUAUUGAUAAUCCAACAGCAUUAUUAGAAACAACAUAUUCACAAAUUCGUGAAAAUUCAACUGAACGUGAUACUGUUAGUAUGAGUCCAAAUAAUCAUCAAACAAAUGAUAAUGAUAUUGAUGAUAAUGAUCAAGUUGAAGAUUUAUCAAUAACAAGAAAAUCUGAUGUUAGAGUUAUCAUGCAAACACCAACAAUUAAAGAAGAAAUUAUUAAUAUUCCAGAAGAUUUUAGUCGUCGUUGA